AUGUUCAGUUUUAAUUCUGCUAAAUCGGUGACAAGACACAGCACGAGACUGAUUGAAUUCUCAAAGGAGUCAAAACCGAAGUGAUAUCAAACAACAUCAUAGAACAGAGGCAAACACGCGAAAGGUGCUGCAUCUACAUUUAGUUGCACAGUAAUAAAAGUAACGAGAAGUUAUGAGACAAUCAUUGUAAAUUCGAAAGCAAGCUUCAGGCAAGCCGAGUCCUAAACUGAGUUACACUCACCAACUGUGGCCAUUUUAUUCUUUAGAACAAUCUUUAUAAAAUUAAACAAUGGCUUCUGGAGAAAACGAAGAGAAAAAGAAUCAGUUUUACAUCAGUGUGCCAACUUUAGUGAUUGUCAUUGUUGUACUGACAGUGUUGUGUGUAGGAUCUGGUGUGUUGUUGGGUUAUUACCUGAAGCUGUCACCGCAAACUACCAACGCUGCUGAAUUUCGUAAUCUCAUUCAAGUUGACGACUUAGAAUUGAACAAACAGAAGUCAUGCGAAAAGAGGGAUUUAAAGGCGAACGUUGAAGCGAUGAGUUUUUUAAAUCGCUGUAAAGACGAAAGUUGCAAAGCUGUGACAUGUGACCUGUCAAUACCACGUAAUUAUAUUGUCUAUCGCACGGCACCAAAGUCUAUCAAAGUGGACGGUUCUUUGGAAGAAACUGCCUGGACAGAAGUACACUGGACAAAGCCUUUUGUCGAUAUACGAGGGGAAGACUUUCCACUGCCUCGAUUUGAAACACAGGUGAAACUGCGCUGGGAUGACACUUACCUUUAUGUGGCAGCACGUUUGCAAGAUACUGAUGUUUGGGCCAACAAGACCUUACAUGAUACCACAGUCUAUCAAGAUAAUGCUUUUCAGCUAUUGCUGGAUACAGAACGAAGCAACCACAAAUACAAAGAAAUUGUGAUAAAUGCACUCGGAACGGUCUCCGAUUCAAUGAUUUCAAAGCCAUAUUUGAAUGACGGUGAACCACUUUUCCUCUGGGAAAGUAAUCUUUUACGAGCUGUCUACAUAGAUGGACCAGUUAACAACCCUAAAAUUCCCAACAAGUUUUGGCAGGUUGAAAUGGCUCUACCUUUCAAACAACUCACAGCCGGUACAGAACGAUCAAAUGAUCCACCGAAUGACUUGGAUAUAUGGCAGGCUAACUUUGUUAGAUCGAACUGGGAAGUUGAAGUUGUCGGCAACAAAUAUGAAAAGAAAUUCAACGGAGACACUGAUUGGUGGGUUUGGAAUUCGCCGGAAGUUAGUAACAUCCAUCUACCUAACAGGUGGGGCUUGCUGCAAUUUCGCACCGUACCUGUAAACAGCACGAUCUUCCAACCAGAUCCAUAUCUGCCUCUCCAGAAAACGCUCAGUGAAAUUUAUGAGGCUGAACAUGCAUAUAAAGCAAAUACAGGUAAAUACACUGAUGACUUCCGUCGCUUGAAACUACCGCCAUACGUCACAUCCGGUCAAUGCAUGCAAAAACCUCGUAUAAAACUAGACUGGGGUGGUUUUAUUGCAAGUACGAAACCAUUGGAAAAUAAUUUGAACCAGCUGAACAUCAGAACAGAUCGAUAUAUGUGGAUCGGUGAACAGACGUAAUAAUCGUCCCUUUUUACAGAAAUUCCACAUGAUUUUCUAACAGACGUGGUGUGUGUGUGUGUGUGUGUGUGUGUGUGUGUGUGUGUCCGAGUACAGAGGGGUGCUAGUAUGUAUAUAAAUAUUGUGCUGUGUCACAAAGAGGACGCGAAGCCGGAUAUUUGAAUGUAUUGAACAUUAUAUAUAUAGACAGCAUUAUUUCCUUACAUUUAAAGGUUUCACGUGGUCGACUUCACAGAAAACACACUCAUCAAUGAGUCUAAAAUAAACUGAUAGUUAGGAUAUUUAAAAGUACUGGGCGCCGUUUGUUGCUCAUAUGCUCAUUGAUGUUGAGUCCUUUUAGUCAUGCAUCAUCAAAUGCUUUGAAAUUAAUCAGAAAAUUUGGAAAAACUUUGAGUGGAAAAAGUAUGA